AUGCCUGCUUCAUUGCUCGCUCUCUACUGUAGGUUUCGCUAUGGAGAACUAGCUCUAGUCGAGCGCCUUCUGCCCCUGGUCGAGAGCAGGGUUACUCACGGGCACCAAGCUAGCGAGUUCCGCGGCUUUCUUCUGAAACUACUGGACAUAUGUUCGCUUGCCCCUGUGCGCGAUCGUGCCAACCAAGAGUUCACCGAACGCGGCUUGACCGCCGCGAGUUCCUUGUUUCAUGUGCUAGGAGGGCUGCUUUGGUCACCCGACGCCGGUAUCCAAUCAGCAACCGCCGUCGCUCUGAAGAAGAUUGCCGCCGGGAAUGACCCCACCCGACCGAACACUCCGGACGACGAAAACAACCACCGUUUCGGUGAGUGCCGAGACGACCUCCGACCAAAGUCUAAGGACAUCAACCAGGCCCUGCUGCUGGGGUGUGGGGUCGUGACUUCGGCCGUCGCCUGCCUCGGCGCGGUUGUCGGCGGUGUUUCGGCGAGCCUUGCCGAGCUCGACGAAGAUUCUUCCUUCGACUCUAGCAGCUUCGACGGCGGUGAUGAUGCGGGUGCUGUUGACGAAAUCGUUCAGGCUUCCUCUGCUCUGGAGGUUACCGGCUUGCCUCAGCCCGGCGGUGAUCACGAUCUCGACAACGCGGAACAGGCCGACGACAAAAAUGACGACGGCGACGAAGUCGAUAGCACCGCAACGAAAGCCCACGACGAGCUUGAACCCCAAAAUGCGGAGGUCGGCGGUGAUGGCAGGGCAGGAAAAUCUUCAAGCUUGGCACUGAAAUAUGUUGUACUCUCGUCUCUGCUACAGCUUGUGCGGGAGCUGUCGACUGACGUUAACUCCUCGGCGGCGAUGGUCGAGGAAGGGAUUGCAGCUCUCCUCGUGCAAGUGAUACGGGCCGUCAGAGGAAUCCGCGACCCCACGCUUUCCAUCACGGUGGAGGUGAUGUGGAACUGCCUCGAGCACAGCCAAAACGCGAUGGACAGCGGUCCCGCGGCGAAGAGUCGCACGAGUCUCAUCCGAAAAGCGAGGAAGAGCAACGCCGCGUUCGCGCUCUCGAGCUGGAACGGCGUCUCGGCCCUUCGAGACACGGUGGAGACUCUCUUGCUCGGAGGCUUCCGUAACAAGGACAAGGAGCUCCGCAACGAGGCCGUGAUUGUCGCGAGCCAGCUCUUGACCAACGGCCGCAGCCAUCCUCUCUUCCGAAGCACCGGCAUGCUGCUGCUGUUGCUACGGUACGCCACCGCCAUCGAGACCGGGCUAGCUGACGGCAACCCCGCCGCCGUGGAACUGGAAGCAAACACUUUCUCGGUGGCAUGCACGGACGGCGGCGGAAGCAGCGACGGAGGCCGGACAGGGGUACCCGAGCUAGGGCCUCUCGCGGACCCGAGAAACUUCGCCACCCCGAAGGAGGUGGACAUGGAGCUGAAGCUGCUGCUGUGGUCCCUGCUGACGGACCUGUGCAAGCGCGACGCUCGCAACAUCGAGGUGGUGGACGCGUCGCCGCUGAUGGAAACGCUCUUGAUGUACAUGGACCUCGUGGUCGAGGAGGGCCAGAGCGGCGACGCUCUUCCUCCGGGCAUGAGCCGCUCGAUCUCGCUAGCGUCCUUGCCUCCCCUGGGAAGCGGUCACCACCUGAACUCUCCGACAACAACCGUCGGACCCUCGGCUUCUCCGCGUUCUUCAGCGGGCGGAGCGGGUGGCUUCAAGAGAAAUUCUAGCGGAGCGGGCGGCUCGGAGGUUGGGGGUGACAACCGACCGUCGGCCGCGCCCCCUUCAGUCAGCGCCCCGAUCUCCGGCGACCACCACCCCUUGGCAAACGGCACGGGUGCGGGCGGUAAGAGCUCGGGGGGUUCGACGACCUCAGCCGAGCACAACGGGACAGGUGGUGCUGCCCCCCAACAAUCGCCGAAGAAAAGGCGGGCGUCCUCGGGCAGCGGCGGUGAGGCGCCGGGGAUCGGCGGGGUUGCGCAGCUCUUCGUCCCCGCGAGCGUCUUCCGCCUCCCCAUGACCCUGAUCCAGCUCCUGCAGCGCCAGGCGAUGGCUUCGCUCCUCGUUCUCGCGCCCAAGAGCCCGGCGAAGUUCCAGGCCCUCGGGGGGCAUAUGGUCACCCUUCGCCUCCUCGAUCGCCUCGGGUCGCGCCCCGACAACCAGCGGCUCGUGAGGGUGGCGACCAAGAUGCUGGCCACCGUGGUAAGUCUCCCGGGGCUAAAGGAAGAGCUUGGGCGCGUGGACGGGGUGCGAAUAAUGCUCGACCGCUUCUCCGACGAGUCGAAGCGCGAGCAGCAAGGCGGCGGGGACGGGGCCGGAGGGAGUGGCGUCGGAGGCGUGGGUGGCGGUAGCGUUGGUAGCAGCGGGGGCGGCGGCGGCGGCGGCGGCGGCGAGGGUGCCGGUGAUGUGCGUACCGACAUGGUGAUCAUCCUGUGCCGGCUGUGCGAAGAGUGCCCGGAGAACCAGGAGGCGUUCAGGAAAGCCGACGGGGUGCCGAUAAUGAUGGCCGCGGUCAGGGCGUACUGCCGAGCGCGGAGCGAAGCCAAGCAAAAAGAAGGGACCGACAGCUCAAACCGAGGAGAAGGACGAGGAGGCGGGAGUGGCGGGAGUGAUGCUGGAGGCGGAUCGUCUAUGGGUGGUGGGUGUAGCGCCGGGGGUAUGGAGUCUGGGGGUGGGGGCUCCGGCGAUGAGCGGCUGGACCCGUCGCUGGUGCACAUUAUUGACUGCGUUUGGUGCGCCGUGGUGGGCAACCGUCGAAGCGAGGCACGGCUGCUGCAGUGUGAGGGGCUGGAUACGCUUCUGGACCUGUUGGAGCUGUGCCCCGCUUUCAUGCGGCAUCAGGUGACAGGUAUCAUCGCCGACCUACUUCGAAAUAAGCGGUCCAUCCCGUACGCAAGGGCUUGGCGGAGCGACCUGAACAUGCUCAGCGUCACCCAGCUGAUGGUGCGUUUGUGGGUGGCAGAAGAGUGCCGGCUCGGAGUGUCCCGCCCGAACGGCGUCCUGCAAAAUCUGUGGGAGCCGCUCAAGUCUCACGACCGUCAGCGCGGCCACCGCAGCCUGAGAAAAACGCCUGCUAGGCGCGUUCGGUCGAGACCGACCACCGGGGAGGAGGCGGCAAACGGCUCCAGCACUAGCUUGACGAGCGACUGCGGCACGGCCACCGCCGACGCCCUUCUCUCCAGGACAACCGCUGAAAGCACCGACGCUGCUCAGGUUGUUUCCCUGAACCAGACGUCAUCUGGAACCCCUCAGGGUGGCGUUCUGCUCAACGGUGACGUUUUCCCGAACCAGUCGACGACGGAAGAAGACAGAGACGUUUUGGCGCUUGCGGGUGUCGAUGAUGGUGGUGUGCACGAGGAGGCCAGCAGGCGACAUUCCUACGCGGUUUCUCUCGCGCUUGAGGCCGGCAAGCGGGCAGUGGCGAUGGAGAAAGGCGGGGGCGGGGGUGGCGGCAGCCAGAGGAAGAGAGGCGCUCAUAUUGACGCCGAGGCGUCCGUGGCGAAGGCCGUGUCACACUUGGACUUAAGAGGGAAAAUCGCGGCGGUGUUGGGGAUGGUGGCUUGUAACGGCAACACGACGGAUGGGUUGGAUCCGAGCGACCUCAAGGCCUCGUACAUGGCCGCGAGUUUUUUGGACUUCAGGGCCGGGGAGAUCUGGCAAGGGGUGGCGGCAGAGCUUGAUGCGCAGGGGAUUAACCCGAUCGCAGCCGACGCGCUGGUACUAGACACGAUGCUGGAAAGAGCGUUCGAUUGUGCCCGGGAGGUGAAGAGCAAGCAGAUGGCCCUUACCGUGGAGCAGAGGCAGAGGGACGGGGAGACCGAGGAGGCGUUCUUAGCGGGAAUUAUCUUCCAACGAGACCAGGCAAGCUUGAACCAUCUACUGGGCAAUGAGUGUCGUUGUACAAGAAGGCGUUACAGGGGACCUUAG